UAUAUACUGGGAAAAUAAUUUACAAUUACAAGUACAAGGGGCCCGGAGAGGUCGUCUGUCCCGGGGCCUGGGCUGGCUCUCGGCGGUCCUGGGCUCAGGCAUCUGCAUUCACUCGCACACAGUAACAUUCAGAAAGGCAGCACACCCAACGUGUGAGAGCCAGUUAAAAUUGAAUGAAUUCUCCGUGGCAGCCAUUAUUUUUCUCUGGGACAACGAAGAGGAACGGGAUGAUGGGGACUAGGAGUUUAGUAGCGCCGACUGAUUUAUCGAGUUUGAAUAUUGUACUCUGCGUGACACAAGCAAUGACGAAGCUGAAUGCUCCGACGCCAUUUUAAUCAUGACGUAAAACUUGAAUGACGACAUAUGGGUACAAUGACGGACAAAGUAAAAAAGAAAGUUCUAGAAAGAUCAGUGGAUGUGCAGCAAGAGAGGGAGAAAGAGGGAGAGAUCUGCGCCAGCAUCUUGUCAGAGAAAGUCUAAAGUUUAUUUCCUUGGAAACAUCUUUGCGGAAGAGAUUUCAUCGCAAGCACGACCUGAGACGGGAUCGAAAAAGAUUGUUUACCAAACAACAGCGAUGGAGAAUCUUCGGCAGUUCACCAGAACUCGGAGACACAAGAUGUGUUUGGUUCUUCUGGUACUCCUGAUUGUGUUGUACAUGGUGACUCUAAGCAUCCUGACAUUUGGUUCAAUGCCCAUGAAAAUUGCGCCACAACACAGCCACAGUUCUUCAACAUCUCAUUACUUACGUAACUUCCGCUCGAUAUUUAUACUUGAUGUUGCAAAUCAUGACCUGGCGCUUGAUCGUCAAGGGAAGCCCCUUAGUGUAUCCUCCUCUGAUGUAAGGACUGACAGUAGAGCCUCUGCUGUUAACAAAAAGUUGAUUUUAUUGUACAACAUGCCUGGCUGGAUGAAUAGAAAGUCGUAUGCUGAGGUGUUUGGCCACUGUCCAGUCAGCGCAUGCAACUUGUCCACAAACUAUAGUGCGGGUAGAGCCGCUGCCGACGCUGUGGUGUUUUACGGGGAUCUAUCAGAUAUACCAGUGCCACCUCGAGCUUUUCCUGACCAGGUGUAUGUGUACUACCUGUUAGAAUCGCCGACGAGACUUUGGUUUUCAGAGCUAAAAUCAUCAUGGAACUCAGCUUUUAACUGGACUUGGGGCUACAGGCAUGACGCAGAUAUAAGAACGACAUACUUUUAUCUGGAACAUUCCAAGCAGUUGCCAACAAUUAGUUUCCUAAAAGAUUUAGUUCGAAAGAAGGAAAAGGCUGCGGCAUGGUUUGUUUCUAACUGCAAUCAGGACCAAGCCCAACGACUUCGUUACGUUGAGAGACUGAAGGAAGUUCUCCCUGUGGACGUAUAUGGAGGGUGUGGGACUCUGAACUGCACACACUGGGCCAAAGAAUGCGACACCAUGCUUACCAAGUACUUUUUCUAUCUUUCCUUCGAGAACUCUUUUUGCCAGGAUUACGUGACAGAGAAGUUUUCUCGAGCCUUCUUGAAGGAUGUGUACGUGGUUCCUGUUGCGCGCGGCGGGCUGAACUACUCUCACCACUUUCCUGAAGGAAUUUUUAUCAACGCCGAUGACUUUAGCAGCCCAGAAGAACUAGGGAUGUAUCUGAAAAAGCUGAUAAACGACGAAGACGCCUACAUUUACAUGUUGUGGCGAAUCGCUCACUUUGUCAACUUGGACUCUGAAAAAAGCCGAUACUAUUACUCAUGGUGCCAGCUGUGUGACAAGCUACACAGGCUGCAGGACAAUGCCAAGACGUAUCCAGACGUCUUUGGAUGGUACACCAAUGGGACAUGCCGACCGCCAAGAAAAUUCUAGAGCUUGCUACAGUUCGUGGCAUACACUGGUGCUUGUGCCAUUUUGGCAGAACUUUUUCUUUUUUUCGUUUGGACGGCUUCUCUGAGUGAACGGGGAGCUGGAUAACCCGACCUUUUCAUCAGGUAUUAAUAAGAAAUGGGUAAUAGCAUGGCGCAAGAUCUUUUUUCUUUUUCUUUACAAGCUGCACUCAUAACUGUAAUUUGAAAUAGGGGGAAAAAAAAAGAUGUUUCCAUCGAUCAAAGGGAAAAAACUCAAGAAAUAACGAUUCAUCGUGACAACCGCCAAUUUACUUCCCCUGUAAUAUGAAGCGCGUAUUGCCUUCUACUUUGCUUAGUCACAUAAUUUGCUAUGAAACCAGUUUUCAGUUUUUUUAUUUCAAUGAAUUGCUUACUUGUGGCCUCAAACUGUUUUGAUAAAGUACUUUUACUUGCUUUAUGGCUAUCGAAAUUAGGAAUCAUUGAUACACUGCUCGUUUGUAAUAAAAUAUUUUGAAAUCAAGUAUUAAAGAGCACAUUUGACAAAUGAAAA